AUGGAGGCGCCGGCUCCAUGGAGAGUGCUCGAGUUCUACAGCGGCAUCGGCGGCAUGAGGUACUCGCUGAUGGCGUCGGGCGUGCGGGCGGAGGUGGUGGAAGCCUUCGACAUCAACGACGUCGCCAAUGACGUCUAUGAGCACAACUUCGGCCACCGCCCCUGCCAGGGGAACAUUCAAGCGCUCACUGCUAGUGACUUAGACAAAUACAAGGCACAUGCAUGGCUUCUUUCUCCUCCAUGCCAGCCAUACACACGGCAAGGACUUCAGAAGCAUUCAGCUGACGCUCGUGCAUUUUCAUUCAUCAAGAUUCUCAACCUCAUGCAAGACAUGAGCUAUCCUCCACAAAUGUUAUUUGUAGAAAACGUAGUUGGAUUCGAGGUGUCUGAUACACAUGAUCAGUUGCUAGAGGUCCUUUCAAGUCUCAAUUUUAACACACAAGAAUUCAUCCUAAGCCCCUUACAGUUUGGUGUCCCAUAUUCUAGACCUCGCUACUUUUGUUUGGCGAAACAAGAACCUAUGCGGUUUCGAAAUGCAUCGGUCAACAAUAAGUUGCUCCAGACACCUAUGUGCCUAAGCUUGACACUGAACAGUACAUCACAGGGUAGUGACCACCAAACUGAAGAAGAGCUGGAGCCAGUUUGUAAGCCGAUAAAAGAUUUUCUUGUCAAGGAGGCUGAUGGAGGCACUCGAAAUGAGUCAAUUUUGCAAGAUUACAUGGUCCCAGUAAACUUGAUUGAGCGGUGGGGGAACGCUAUGGAUAUUGUAUACCCUGAAUCUAAGCGGUGCUGUUGCUUCACUAAAAGCUACUAUCGUUAUGUGAAGGGGACAGGCUCCUUGUUGGCUACAUCUGAAAACCUCAAAUGGGUUCCUGAAGAGAAGCUUCAAAUUUCUUCCCUGAAGGAGUUGGGUCUACGAUUCUUCACCCCUCGAGAGGUCGCCAAUUUCCAUUCCUUCCCUUCAAGUUUCAACUUCCCAGAUUGCAUAAGCCUUAGGCAACAGUAUGCUAUGCUGGGUAAUAGUCUGAGUAUAGCAGUUGUGGGUCCUUUGCUGCAUUAUCUCUUUGCUGAGGCCUGA